AUGGCAACCUACCCCGGACGCACCGCCCACCAGGUGUACGGCCAGGACUUUAUCAUUGACAACCACUUUCUGAUCAUCAAGGAGUUGGGCCAUGGAGCGUACGGCAUCGUGUGCAAGGCGCAGUACCAGAACGGCCUGGAGACGCUGUACGUCGCCAUCAAGAAGAUCACCAACAUCUUCAGUCGCAAAAUCUUGUGCAAGCGGCUGUUGCGGGAAUUGAUGCUUUUGCAGUUCUUUAGAGGGCAUAAAAACAUCACCUGCUUGUACGAUUUGGACAUCAUCCCCGAUCCGGUGACGGGCCAGUUUAAUGAUGUCUACUUAUAUGAGGAGUUGAUGGAGUGUGAUAUGAACCAGAUCAUCCGGUCAAAACAACCGUUGACCGACUCCCACUACCAGCUGUUCAUCUACCAGAUCCUUUGCGGCCUUAAAUAUAUCCAUCUGGCCGAUGUCCUCCACCGAGAUCUCAAGCCCGGUAACCUCUUAGUGAAUGCCGAUUGCGAAUUGAAAAUCUGUGAUUUCGGUCUUGCUCGUGGGUUCAGCGAAAACCCGGAACAGAACGCCGGUUUUAUGACGGAAUACGUCGCUACUCGGUGGUAUAGAGCCCCCGAAAUCAUGCUUCUGUUUACUAAUUACACUAAGGCCAUCGAUAUCUGGUCCGUCGGGUGUAUUCUUGCUGAGCUUCUAGGUGGUAAAGCCCUCUUCCGAGGCCGGGACUACGUCGACCAAUUGAACCAGAUAUUACUCAUAUUAGGCACCCCACCGGAGGAACUGCUUGUUAAGAUUGGUCUGAUCCGCGCCCAGAACUACGUGCGCUCAUUACCGUAUAUGGCGAAGGUGCCGUUGCUGGAGCUAUUCCCCGACGCUAACCCCGAAGCCAUCGACUUAUUGGAGAAGAUGUUGACGCUUGAUCCGUUUGAACGGAUCACGGCUGAGGAAGCAUUGGAACAUCCGUACCUUCGAGUAUGGCACGACCCUAAUGACGAACCGGUGUGUCAGGUGAAAUUUGACUUUACCUCGUUUGAGAAAGUCGACGAUAUGGCCGAAAUGAAGCGGAUCAUUAUUCGUGAAGUGAAGAACUUUAGGGAGUUUGCCCGUAAACCGAUUGAGGAACAACAACGGGAACAAUUGAAGCUUCAGUUGAGUCAUGAACAAGCCCAACAGCACUACGAAAAGCAACAACAACAGCAACAGCAACAACAGAAACAACACCGCCAACGCCACCACCAACAGCAACAGCAACAACAUCAGCCACAGCAAAACCAUCAUCAUCACCAGCACCAACAACACCAGCAGAGCCAUCAACAGCAUCACCACCACCAGCAACAACAACAACAACAACAACAUCACCUUAAUCAGGUACAACAGCAACAGCAACAACAUCAACAGCAACCACCGUACCCUUACCACAUGGACUACCAGACGCCCCAGGCAGCCCAGCUAUACAACGUGCUGCUGCUGCCGGGGUUCACGGCGAGCCAGGUGAACACCACGGCUGAUUACGCCAACAACGUUAGCUACGAACAAGCCCCGCCCCCGCAGGAGAUCGAGGACUUCACGUUUGCCAACCAGCUGGCACUGGACCUAUUCCGCUUGGAGGAAGAGUUAGGGUUUGGCAUGGACGGCCAUGGGCAGGGGUUCCAUUAG